AUGGACUUGCUGAGGCUGCGGUCGACUCAUUUGAAGAAUGGGUACAGCCCUGCGGAACUGAUGAGUCGUCGGCUAAGAACCAAGCUUCCUCUUAGUUCCACCAAGCUGACACCCCAACCCGCCCUGACGCCCCAACUGCCGGAUCAAGAGAGCCUUCGGAAGUUCGGGGAACAGUACCGGAAACGUCAAAGGAAAGACUUCGACAGACGCCACGGAGUCUGCGCCCUCCCGGAGCUAUUCUACGGAGAUGACGUCUGGUUGACAGACCUCAAGUGCAAAGCGACAGUACAAGCCCCAGCCAAUGAGCCUCGGACCUACUGGUGUAACACCGACACUUGUGCUGUACGCAGGAACAGGACCCAGCUAGUUCGCCAUUCCCCUGCUCAAACCAACGCAGAAAGUGUUUGUAUCAGUGACGGUGUAGCAGAUGCCCGUUCGUCUUGCCCAGACACUUCCCACAUGCAUACUAGAAGUGGAAGGAGACUAUAG